CCCCCCGUCAAUCAGUAGGGCAUCUGUGAGAGUUCGCGCGAGACGCUGCGACGGUUUUUCCGACUCUCACCUGCACUUUAAACGCAGAAAACACCGCUCUUUUCCCCCGGUUGUUGACCUUCCGGCAGAAAGCGGAGGGAGGUCACGGCAGCGACGGACACGAGACUCGCGCAACGUCUGAGUUUUCGACAAGACGCGCUUACCAGCCGGGCUGCGUGCAUGCGCUGUCAAAGCACACUUUACCGAAGAAUAAAGGGACAGACACGGGAAAGAGGAAUGCUUUCCUCGAGUCCAGGUCGAUUUUUGCGAGUUGUUUCUCUGCACACACCCGCGAAUUUCUCUCGGGCUCUUCGACUCCGUUUCCCAUGCGGCUCUGGCUCUUCGUUGCAAUGCGAUGUGCGCUCUAGGGAACCCCAGUAAACGGGGGGGGCAUUUUCUCGUUAUGUUGGCUAACUGUCGAUCCAGAAGCUGACAAACAACGCACUGAAGAACGGAAGAGAAAAGUAAACGGAAGAAACUGGCAGAACAAGCGAGCGAGAGGAAGCAAGGGGAAGCGGCACAGAACCACAGAGACGGAGAGGCGAGCAGGGAGGAUAGACGGGAGACAAGGAAACGCAGAUGCGGGCGAGGGAGCAACAACCGAGGAAGACCAGAGAGAUGAGGCAAAACAGGACGAAGAAGCGAGGAACUGAGGCAGAGGGGUGGUAGGGGAAACACACAGGGAACCCAGACGAGGAAGCACGGACGCAAAUUCGGUCGAGAGUGACGCGCGAAGAGUCUUCAGGAAGCGGAAGGAAGUUGCUGGGACACCGAGGAAAACUCAAAAUCGGAGACGGCGAUAAUCUCUGGUGAAGAGGGAAAGAAAUGACAGCAGAAUGGAGACAAAGCUGCAACGUCUGUCUCCCUGGUAAUCUGCAAUGUCCCUCUGUCCAAGACUCACCCGCUGCCUUGUGUCUCCUACCUCUUUCGCCGAUUUCUUGUUUCUCCUGCCUCGGUUCCCCUCCGUCUCGUAGAUCCUCGCUUUUUCCCCAUCUGAAGGAUGGCACUCAGCUUUUCGGCCUCGGGUUGUUGGGCGUCUCUCCCGCCGACUCUGUCACUUGAAGACUUUUGCUUGGCGCACUCGCCGUCGGACCGAGAGCAGCAGGAGCUCCACUCGCGUCUCCCGCGUCUUCUGCCCACGGGCUUCUCGACUGUGCGCCUGUCUCCUCUCGCCCUCCUUCAGAUGUUUCUGCACGCGCGCCAAGGGAUUCCCCUCGAAGUCAUGGGCCUCAUGCUCGGCUCUGUUUCCCCGAUCUCUUCGUCUGUGAAGUCUGCCUCUUCGCCUUUAGAGCAGCUUGGCGACCAGGCGUUUGUAGUCCACUCCGUUUUCCGCUUGCCAGUUGAGGGCACAGAGACUCGCGUCAACGCAGGAGCCGAAGCCAACGAAUACAUGGUCGACUUCGUCCAGCGCGCCGAAGAAGCGCUUUCGCCCCCAGUGAGGCCAGACGAGCCAGACGAAGGAGUCGGACUCUGCGUCGUCGGAUGGUACCACAGCCACCCUGGUUAUCGCUGCUGGCUCAGCGGAAUUGAUGUAGAGACCCAGAAACUCCAUCAACGCGGCCAGGACCCUUUCGUCGCUGUUGUGGUGGAUCCCACUAGGACGCUGGCUACCGGCGAAGUCGAUAUCGGAGCCUUCCGCUGCUACCCCGAUCACUCGCAGAACGCGCGACUCGACUCUGUGCAGAAGAGCAGACACGACCAGGCCGGAGUGCCGGCGGAAAAGGCCUCGGACUUUGGUGUUCACUGGCGAGAAUACUACAAACUUAAUGUCGAACUUCUAUGCUCGUCUCUGGACGCGCUGCUCAUUGAAAGGCUCUCUGAGGCGGCCUGGUUUGCGCCUCUCCUCCGGGGACCUCAAGAUCAAACUGCUGCGACCCGGCGAGCGUACCGCACAUCGCAGAUUCUCAACGUCGCGAGCAAGGCCCGCCAAGCAGAAACUUCUUUCUUCCCCGCUCUGCCGAAGCCUUGCUCAUCCCUCUCACUCCACACCCCACACCCUGGGCCUUCUCCUGUCUCCUCGACCUCGAGCUCCAGCCGUUUGCAGGCUCCGGAAGAGGGCUCUGUCUCCGGUGGAAAGGCGACAGGGGAGGCGAGUUUGCUGGCGCGACCAGGAGCGCAAGAGCGCCUUGUGUGUUUACUGGAAGAAGAGGAGCAGACAGAACGCCUGCAGCAACAGUCCGUCGUGCUGCUACAGUCGCACCUUGAGAAGAAAUACGCGCGAAUCCUCCAGAACGGAGACCUGGCGAGCGCUGAAGAAGAGAGAGAAGACAGACUCGACGAACUGCUACGAGAGGCCCAUCAACUCGCCUGUGACCAACGACAGUCUGUCCUCUCUGCAGCCGUCGGGGACAUCAUCUUCGGCCGUGAAGCUGAGAGCACUUCGUGGUUGGCCAUAAAGAGGCGACUGCGAGAGGAGCGAGGAGGGCGCUCCUCGGCCUGUCCAAGUUGGCCAGGCUCCGUACGGCUCUGACAGGCGCACAGAAACAGAGUCCUACGGAGGGGCGUGCUACAACUGUUCUGUUUCUCGUAAGAGACAGAACGAUUCUCAAACCUAACACGAAUUGCGAGCUAAAUGGAAAAAAGGAAUCAGGGCACCGUUUCAAUCCUUAUUGAUAAUGUAGAAUUUAGCAAACAAGAGAAACCCCCGGGUCUCUUUCGCCCGGCUCAGGCGUGGCGUGAGAACGGCGCGAGACGACAGUUGAAAUGUAGUGAAGUGAAAAGCCGUUCUGUCUAAUCCUCUGAGUAGCUCGAGUCAGGAGCACAUUAUGUCAUGGCACGAGGAAAGAAACCUGAGACUGCAUUCGUUUUUGGGGAAUCGACUUCCCCUGUUGCUGCUGUCUUCUGGCAAGCUCAGACGCAACUGUUGUUUUCCUUCUCCCGCGCGUAACAGACAAAAUCGAUGUGUAAUUUCGUGCGACUCUGAAAUCUGAGAAACGCGGGGCUCUGUGCCUGACUGUAGAUCCGGGCGGCAAACGGGCAAGAGAGCGGAGAAGCACGAG